AUGGGUGUUGAUGAUUUAUGCAAUACAAGCCUGUUUCUAGGCUUGAUCUUUUCUCUCUCUCUCUCUCUCUCUCUCUCUGAUUGUGUAUCUGUUUUGUCUGAUUAUAAUCUUUUGAUAUAUCAGAAACAAAAGCAAGACUUGGCAAGAGACUUAAAGCUUAGGCCUAGACAGGUUGAAGUUUGGUUUCAGAACAGGAGAGCAAGGACAAAGCUGAAACAAACGGAAGUGGAUUGUGAAUUCUUGAAGAAAUUCUGUGAAACUUUAACAGAAGAAAACCGGAGGCUACAGAAAGAGUUACAAGAACUAAAGGCACUAAAACUAGCUCAACCCUUGUACAUGCAGCUGCCGGCAGCCACCCUCUCCAUGUGUCCUUCUUGUGAGAGGAUUGGCGGCGCCGCCGUGGGCGAAAAUAAGUCCAACAACCCUUUUACAAUUGCCACAAAGCCUUGCUACUACAAUCCUUUCAACAAUCAAUCAGCAGCUUGUUAAGUUUGGCUAUUACUGGGCAGAUUAUAAUUUCCAACCCCUUUUUUUAAUUUGGUUAAGGGCAUACUAAUUAAUUAGAAAAUAUCUGAUUAUGUUGUUGAAACAACUAUGUUUGUGGGAAUAUGUAUAAAUUAGUUCUAAUGUACAUAUAAGUUUUGAACUGCCUUGAAAUAAUUUCAAUUUUCUUUUGUUUGUUUUUGAUUAA